AUGGCUGGCACGCGAAACUAUGAUUUCCUGAUCAAGUUGCUGUUGAUCGGUGACUCUGGCGUUGGCAAGUCAUGCUGUUUGCUGCGCUUCAGUGAAGACUCAUUUACUCCCUCCUUCAUCACAACCAUCGGCAUCGACUUCAAGAUUCGCACGAUCGAGCUGGAUGGGAAGCGGGUGAAGUUGCAGAUCUGGGAUACUGCUGGCCAGGAGCGGUUCCGAACAAUCACGACUGCUUACUACCGUGGCGCGAUGGGUAUUCUUUUGGUCUACGACGUGACUGAUGAGAAAUCUUUCCAGAACAUCCGCUCAUGGUUCUCGAAUGUCGAGCAACAUGCCAGCGAGGGCGUGCACAAGAUCCUCAUCGGAAACAAGUGCGACUGGGAGGAGAAGCGAGCUGUCACCACUGAGCAGGGCCAGCAAUUGGCUGACGAGUUGGGCAUUCCCUUUUUGGAAGUGUCAGCCAAAAACAACAUCAACAUCGAAAAGGCAUUCUAUAGCCUGGCCACCGAUAUCAAGAAGGGCAUGGACACCUCAAAGACUGAGCACACCGGGUCUUCAGGCGUCCCCAUAGACCAAGGAUCAGGGAUGAACGGUAGCUCCGGAGGAAAAUGUUGCUAG